UUUUGCAUGAGCAGCGUGUCUCUCUCUCCCCCAACUCCACUUCUCGACUUUUCUCCUCCUCACUGUAUAUAAUUAUGUAUAUAUAUAUAUAUAUAUAUGGAUGCAUAGAUAGGUACACGCAGUAAUCAAUCCCAUCAUUUCCAUUACCAUCAUCAAUCAGACUUCCUCGGAACUUAGCUAUGUCGAGCACUGCCGGCCAGGUGAUCCGCUGCAAAGCUGCGGUGGCGUGGGAGGCUGGAAAGCCGCUGGUGAUCGAAGAAGUGGAGGUCGCGCCGCCUCAGGCUAACGAAGUUCGUCUCAAGAUCCUCUUCACCGCUCUCUGCCACACCGACGUUUACUUCUGGGAAGCUAAGGGGCAGACGCCGUUAUUCCCUCGCAUAUUUGGCCACGAAGCUGGAGGAAUUGUGGAGAGUGUGGGCGAGGGAGUGACCCACCUCCAACCAGGGGACCAUGCCCUUCCUGUGUUCACCGGGGAGUGCGGGGAAUGCCCCCACUGUAAGCAUGAGGAGAGCAACAUGUGCAACCUCCUUAGGAUCAACACCGAGCGUGGCGUCAUGCUCAGCGAUAACCAGUCGAGAUUCUCCAUCAAUGGGAAACCCAUCAACCACUUCGUUGGGACCUCCACCUUCAGCGAGUACACUGUUGUUCACGCGGGUUGUGUUGCAAAGAUCAACCCGGAGGCCCCACUCGACAAAGUCUGCAUCCUCAGCUGCGGAAUUUCCACAGGGUUGGGUGCAACGCUGAAUGUUGCAAAGCCGAAGCCGGGCCAUUCAGUUGCUAUUUUUGGCUUGGGAGCUGUGGGUCUUGCUGCUGCUGAAGGGGCAAGGCUCUCAGGUGCUUCGCGGAUUAUUGGUGUUGAUUUAAACCCGAGUAGAUUCGAACAAGCAAAGAAAUUUGGGGUGACCGAGUUCGUCAAUCCAAAAGACCAUGACAAGCCUGUUCAAGAGGUGAUUGCCGAGAUGACUGGUGGAGGAGUUGAUCGAAGUGUUGAGUGCACUGGGAGCAUCCAAGCCAUGAUCUCCGCUUUCGAAUGUGUCCAUGAUGGCUGGGGCGUAGCUGUCCUUGUCGGUGUCCCGAACAAGGACGACGCAUUCAAAACUCAUCCAAUGAACGUGCUGAACGAGAGGACUCUGAAGGGCACUUUCUUCGGGAACUACAAACCACGAACGGACCUUCCCGGAGUCGUUGAGAAGUACAUGAACAAGGAGCUGGAACUGGAGAAGUUCAUCACGCACUCGGUCCCAUUUUCAGACAUCAACAAGGCAUUCGAGUACAUGGCGCAGGGACAGAGCCUCCGGUGCAUUAUCCGCCUGCACGAAUGAGAGAUGAUGAUAACUGAGCGGCUCUGCAGCAGGCCAAGCGGCACCUCUUUCUAGUGUAAUUACGUCAUCGGAGUGUUCUAUGAAUAAGUCAUGACCAUAAGACAAAGUUUAUGCUCGACGUCUUCUUAGUUCGGACGUCCUAAUUUGGUCCCAAACACUAUGGUUUUGUCUUACUAUGAUGCGAGAGCAUUAUAGUUUUUGUUACUAAGACCAGACAAGUCUAAUUUUGUUCCUAAUUUUGUAUUA